AUGGCAGACUCCGCCACCGGUCAAAAGUUUAAUACAUUUAAAUGUUCUUUUGCUCAGAAAGAAAAAAAAAAAAACUUUUCUCCAAAGUUUAUAAAGACUGCAGGCGUCACAGGAGGCGUUGCAUUGUCAUACAAACUCUCUCCCCUUGUUUUUUUCUUCUCUGUUGUAAAUUCUCGCACGGCGCAUGGUGUCCCGCCUAGCUGUCGCGUAUUUCAUAUUAUCCUGUGCCAUUCAAAGAAACUUUCAUUUGUCCUCCGUCAUCCCUUGGCCCUCAAAAAAAUCUAUAUAAAGGUCGAAGAGCAAGUUUGUAAAGCUCCCAAACUUUUUGACGCAGCUCAGCAACGUUCUCAAGUUUAUCAAAGACGCUAG